GAGAGGGGGACGAGGAAAGCGAGGGGGCAGGCGAGGCGGCGGGGAUCCGAGGGGCGCCUGGAGGGUCGGGUACCCCGCUCGAGGGCCGCCAAGUCACUCCCCUCCGCGCUCCUGGCAGCGCACUCUGCGUUUGGGGGAAACUCCGGGAUCUCCCGUGGCCAACUUGGACUGGGCCGAAUGAACAUCUCAGGAUCCAUUCAUUGAAAGUGAGGAGAGACCCCUGGACAGAAAUAUUUUGAGGUUGGCUGGUACCAGUCAUGGAGAAAGGGCAUGGGCAUGUGUUUGCCCCCUCGGACAUUCUCUCUUUGGAGAAUCGCUGCCUUCCCACACUUGGUAAACUGGGUAUCAUGGAGAAAUCUAACGGGCAUAUGUCUGGUCACCCGAACAUCCUCUCCUUGGAGAACCACUGCCUAUCCACACUUCCUGAGCUGAGGACCAUGAAGCUUCAUGGGCAUACAUUUGUCCAUUCAGACAUCCUCUCAUGUGAGAACCGCUCCCUGGCCACACUUCCUGAUCUAAAGAGCACCAUGUCUGUCGGCCCUCUGCUCCAGUGUCUCCAGAAAUCUCCCUUGCUACAAAGUGAUCUGUGCAGGCGAUACAUCAGCAAGUGUCAGCUCCCUGAUCUUCCAAGAGCUCAGUGCUUCUCUGAGAGACUAGACCGGCUGAUCUGCCCUAGCACCUUUGCGUCCGUCUCUGUCACAGAGAGUGCGCUGGAAACUGCUUUGGAUCCUAAUUCCUCUUCAGAAGAAGAGAAAAAAACAAAGAAGGAAGAACGGGUAGAGGUUCAAAUGCCUUGUUACAGCCUGAGCUUGGGUGAGGAGAAAGAGGUAGAGGUACUGGCCCUGCAGCUCAGCUCCGGAGAGCAUUGUCCUGAGUCCACUGACCAUAUUCUUCAAGAGAAAAAGAUGAUGUUAAUAAACUACUUGUGCUCUGCUUUGGUCUCAAAUAUCAAAGAUAUGUACAACCUUUCUGAAGUCUGUCGUGAACUGGCCCCUUUAGAGCCCGAAUUUAUCCUCAAGGCAUCUUUGUAUGUUAGGCAGCAACUGAACAUUCGGGACAUGGCCAACAAACUGUUGGCCAUUGCUGCCUUUUUGCCCGUCUGCCGCCCUUACCUGCGACGCUAUUUCAGUGCUAUUGUCCAGCUGCCUUCUGACUGGGUCCAUGUAGCUGAAUUCUAUCAGAUCCUGGCAAAAGGAUGGGAGAAUAAAUUGGCUCCACUGCCUGCCUGCUUGCGUGCUGCUAUGACAGAAAAAUUUGCCCAGUUUGAUGAGUACCAGUUGGCUAAGUACAAUCCUCGGAAGCAUCGGGCCAAGAAUAGACCUCGUCGGCCCCCCCGCCCUCCAAUGAAGAAUAAGUUUUCUGGGAGGCGACGCUUUUUGCCAAAGAUCAUUCAGCAAUUUAAGAAUGCACAGAUAAAGUUUGAGGCAUCCUACAAUGCAGAACCAAAGAAAAAUGCUGAGUCAAGGUUCACCCUGAAGAAGUUAGUACAGCGACUGCAUAUUCGGGAGCCUGUCCAGCAUGUCCAGGCUUUGUUGGGCUACAAAUAUCCUAAAAACCUACAGGCCUUUUCUCGGAGUCGCCUCCCAGGACCAUGGGAUUCCAGCAAAGCUGGGAAAAGGAUGAAACUCCCUCGGCCGGAGACCUGGGAGCGAGAGCUGAGCUCGAAGGGGAACAAAGCUUCUGUUUGGGAAGAUCUCAUUGACAAUGGGAAGCUUCCAUUUAUGGCCAUGCUUCGGAAUCUGUGCAACCUGCUUCGUGUGGGAAUCAGUGCACGUCACCAUGAGAUGGUUCUCCAGAAACUCCAGGAACAGAAGUCAGUGAUCCACAGCCGGCAGUUUCCAUUCAGAUUCCUCAAUGCCCAUGAUUCCAUCAAUAGCCUUGAGGCUCAGCUGAAAAAUAGAGCAUUGCCGUUUCCUUCCAACACGAGACUGCUAAGUCGGAUAAUGAAUAAACCAAGCAACAGAAAGUUUGCCUCUCAGCUCCUCUCAGGACGUCGGGCUCUUCGAAAAUUAAUGAUGUUGCCUGUGAUAUAUGAGCAGCUCAAGAGAGAGAAACAGAGAAUACAUAAAACCAGACAGUGGACAUGUGACGGUGAGAUGCUGGAUCGCUAUCGACAGGCCCUGGAGACAGCAGUGAACUUGUCCGCGAAGCACAGCUUACCCCCGCUGCCUGGCCGCACUCUCUUGAUAUACCUGGUAGAUGCUGAUGCAGACAAAUUCUGCCCCAAGAGCAACCCACAAGGGCCACCUCUGAACUACGUGCUCCUGCUGAUUGUGAUGACGAUGGCACGGGCGGAACAUGCAGAUCUCUUACUGUGCGGUAGAGGCAGUUGGAAGUUGGCUGUGCUGAAGGAGGGUGAAGGCAUCCUGAAAACUGCCACUCAACUUCAGGCUCAGGUUCAGGAGUUCAACUCAAGUGUUGAUUCUUCAGAAAACGAUGAGGGCUCCCUAACUACUGUGGGGAAGUACCUGCUGUCUCUUGUGGUUCAGAGAGUCCUGGUGGACAGAGUCAUCCUCUUUGGUGAAAGCAUGUCUGAGCAGCUAGUCUCUUUGGCCAAACAACUCUUUUGGCAGCAUGUAAAUCCCAAGUGCCUCUUUGUGGGGAUUCUCCUGAGAGGGCCGCAUCAUAUAUAUUCGAAUGAGAUGCCCAAUGAUGUGACAUUCUCAGGCUGUACAGAUGGGCUAUUGAAGUUCAUUGCAGAGCGUGGAGCUUCUCGUCUUCUAGAACACGUGGGACAAAUGGACAAAAUAUUUAAGAUUCCACCUCCCCCAGGAAAGACAGGGGAUGCAUCUCUCCGACCUCUUGAAGAGAAUACUUUGAGCCCCUUGGCUUCUAUAUCUCAGCCCAGAUGGCGCAACCUCCGGCUCUUCAUUUCCUCCACUUUCCGAGACAUGCAUGGGGAGCGGGACCUGCUGCUAAGGUCCGUGCUGCCUGCCUUGCAGGCCCGAUUGGCGCCCCACUGCAUCAAGCUUCAUGCCAUCGACCUUCGCUGGGGUGUCACUGAGGAGGAUAGCACAAAGAACAGACAACUGGAAGUGUGCCUUGGAGAAGUUGAGGACUCUCAGUUGUUUGUGGGGAUUCUAGGCUCUCGCUAUGGCUAUAGUCCUCCCAACUACAACCUCCCUGACUAUCCUCAUUUCCGCUGGGUCCAACAGUACCCUCCAGGGCGCUCAGUGACAGAAAUGGAGGUGAUGCAGUUUCUAGACCGGGGUUCCCGCCUACAGCCUGCUGCCCAAGCACUCGUCUACUUCCGGGAUCCGGGUUUCCUCAGCUCUGUACCAGAUGCCUGGAAACCGGACUUUAUUUCUGAGUCUAAAGAGGCCGCUCAUCGAAUCUCAGAACUGAAGAGUUACCUGAGCAGACAGAAAGAGGUUCUCUGUGGAAGAUACUCCUGUGAGUGGGGUGGAGUGGCUGCCGGCCGGCCCUAUGUUGCAGGACUGGAGGAGUUUGGGCAGUUGGUCCUGCAGGACGUGUGGCAUCUGAUUCAGAAGCUGUACCUUCAGCCAGGGGCUAAGCAGGAACAUCUAGCGUUCACCCCAGAUGACGACUUGGUCCAGGUGACCUUUCAGCAGCUACAGAAGCCCCCACACCCUGCACGACCACGCCUUCUUCAUGACACAGUUCAUCGGCUGAAGCUACUCCAGGGGAAACUGAGCCUGGUGAUGGGGCACUCAGGACAGGGCAAGACAGCCUUCCUGGCAUCCCUUGUGUCAGCGCUGCAGGUUCCUGAAGAGGGAAAAGAGACUCCCCUAGUAUUCUUCCACUUUGCAGGAGCCCGUCCUGACCAGGCUCUUGCACUUACCCUGCUUAAGCGUCUCUGUACCUAUCUGCAUAGCCAACUGCAGGAGUCCAGUGCCCUCCCCCAGACUUACCGGGGUCUUGUGUGGGAACUACAGCAAAGACUGCUGCCCAGGUCAGCUCAAUUCUUGCGAACUGGCCAGACUCUGGUGCUGGUCAUUGAUGGAGCUGACAAGUUGGUGGAUCAGCAUGGGCACUUAAUCUCAGACUGGAUCCCCAAGAUCCUUCCCCGGAAAGUACACUUUGUACUGAGCAUGUCAAAGGACACAGGUCUGGGGGAGAUGCUUGAGCUGAACCAAGGUGCCCAUGCAGUGAACCUGGGGCCCCUGGAGCCAUGUGCCCGGGCCCAGCUGGUGAGGGACGAGCUGGCUCUAUAUGGCAAGCGACUGGAGGAAACAGCAUUUAACAAUCAGAUGCGGCUGCUGCUGGUGAAGCGGGGGUCUGCCCUGCCCCUCUACCUGCGCUUGGUUACGGACCACCUGAGGCUCUUCACACUCUAUGAGCAGGUGUCUGAGAGACUCCAGACCUUACCUGCCACUAUCCCUCUGCUGCUGCAGCACAUCUUGGGUACCCUGGAGCAAGAGCAUGGCCCCCAUAUCCUUUCCAAGGCCCUGGUCACUCUGAAGGUCACUCGCAGUGGUCUGACGGUGGACCAACUCCAUGGAGUGUUGAGUGCAUGGCAGAUACUUCCCAAGGUGACAGACAACUGGGAGGAAGCAGCAACUGCGGUCAACAUCAAGGAUCCCUACCCAAUGAGCCUAUUUGCCUAUCUUAUCCAGAGUCUACGCAGUUUGCUAGGGGAAGGCCCCCUGGAACGACCUGGAGCCCGACUCUGCCUCCCUGAUGGCCCAUUGAGAACAGCAGUCGUCUGUCGCUAUGGAAAGAGGCCGGGGCUGGAGACCAUGGCUCAUCUUCUCCUCGCAGCAUAUCUUUGGAAAUCCUGUGACCCUGAUGCCUUAGGCACCUUCAAGAAUUGUCCUCCUGAAGCUCUGGAAGACCUUCCUUACCACUUGAUUCAAAGUGGGAAUCGAGGCCUUUUGGCAAAGUUUCUUACCAGUCUUCAUGUGGUAGCUGCGUACCUGGAAAUGGGUCUGAUCUCCCGGCUCCUAGAGGCCCACACACUUUAUGCUUCUUUAGUUGCCGAGGAGGAAGAAACUUUUCCAGAUGCUGACAUUGCUGUCUUCAACACCUUUCUCAGGCAGCAUGCUCUAAUCCUUCAACAAUACCCCCUUCUCCUGCCCCAGCUGGCUGCCAACCAGCCCCUGGACUCUCCUCUUUGCUGCCAGGCUCCUCAGCUUUCCAGGCGAUGGCAGCUCCAGCACAUGGUGCGAUGGCUGAAUAAACCCCAAACUGUGGGGAGUGAACAAAGCCCCAGCCUGUCUUUGAUGCUUUCUUCCACACCCACCGCUGUGGCCUUCACAUCUAAUGGGCAAAGGGCAGCUGUGGGCACUGCCAAUGGAACGGUAUACCUAUUGGACCUGAGAACCUGGCAGGAGGAGAAAUCUAUGGUGAGCGGCUGUGAUGGGGUCUCCUCCUGUUCCUUCCUCUCGGACACUGUUCUCUUUCUUACUGCCUUUGAUGGACUCCUGGAACUCUGGGACCUACAGCAUGGCUGCCGGGUGCUUCAGACCAAGGCACACCAGCACCAAAUCACUGGCUGCUGCCUCAGCCCUGACCACCGGCUGCUGGCCACCGUGUGCCUGGGGGGACAGCUAAAGCUAUGGGACACUGUGAGGGGACAGCUGGCUUCCCAGUACACCUGCCGCCGUCCCCUGAAUUGUGUGGCCUUUCACCCCGAGGAGCAACUCUUCGCUGUAGGCAGCUGGGCUGGCAGCCUUAGCUUCUUCCAGACAGAAGGGCUUCAGGUCACCAAGGAACUUGGGGCUCCAGGAGCCUCUGUGCGCACGUUGGUCUUCAAUGCAACUGGGCGAGUAGUGGCUGUGGGCCGACUAGAUGGGAUGCUGGAGCUGUGGGCCUGGCAGGAGGGGGCGCGGCUGGCGGCUUUCCCUGCCCACCAUGGCUUUAUUUCUACUGCACUCUACCUGAACUCUACGUGCCAGUUACUGACCACUGGCGAGGAUGGCAAGGUUAAUGUAUGGUCUGGUUCUCUGGGUCAGCCCCGUGGGGCUCUUGGAUCCUCUUCUCUCUCUCCUGCCCUCUCUGUGGCUCUCAGCCCAGAUGGCGAUCAGGUGGCUGUGGGGUACAGAGAAGAUGGCAUUAGCAUCUACAAAAUCUCUUCAGGCUCCCAGGGAGCUCAGUGCCAAGCACUUGAUGUGGCGGUGUCAGCACUGGCCUGGCUAAGCCCUAAAGUGCUGGUGAGUGGGGCAGAAGAUGGGGCCCUGCAGGGCUGGAAGCUCCAAAACUGCAGCCUUCAGUCCCUCUGGCUCCAGUCCACACACCAGAAGCCUAUACUGGGUUUGGCCACCUCAAAGGAACUCUUGGCUUCUGCCUCAGAGGAUUCCACUGUGCGGCUGUGGCCAACGCUGGCUCUGACGUUGCCCCAGAAGACAGCAAGCUUUCCCUGUGGUACUGUGCUGCGGGGACACACGGGUCCUGUGAGCUGCUGCAGCUUCAGCACUGAUGGAGGCAGCCUGGCCACUGGCGGCAGGGAUCGGAGCCUCCUCUGCUGGGAUGUGAGGACGCCUCAAGCCCCUGUUCUUGUUUGCUCCUUCUCUGCCUGUCACCGUGACUGGGUCACUGGCUGUGCCUGGACCAAAGACAACCUAUUGGUCUCCUGCUCCAGUGAUGGAUCUGUAGGGCUGUGGUGCCCCCAGUCAGGACAGCAGCUUGCCUGCUUCCUGAACCAUCAGAGUGCUGUGAGCGCUGUGACAGUUGUGGAGGAACAUGUAGUAUCUGUGGACCGAGAUGGGAUUUUGAAAGUAUGGGACCUUCAGGGUGUGGAGCUGACCAGUAUCCCUGCACAUUCAGGACCCAUCAGUCAAUGUGCAGCUGUCCGGGAGCUCCGAUCAGGAGGCCAGCCUGGAGCAGAACUUCUGGUGGUGACUGCAGGAUUGGAUGGGACCACACGCUUGUGGAAUCCACUCCUGGUGUUUCAGACACAAAUCCUCUUGGGACAUAGUGGCCCAGUCAAUGCAGCUGCCAUUUCAGAGACUUCUGGCUGCCUGCUGACUACCUCAGAGGAUGGUUCUGUCCGCCUCUGGAAGGUACCUAAGAAGGAAACAGAUGACGCAAAUAUCCCCAGGAGUCCUGAAGCUAUCACUGCUGUGGCCUGGGCCCCAGAUGGCUCAGUGGCAGUGUCUGGGAACCAAAUUGGGGAACUUAUCUUGUGGAAGGAUGCAAAGGCUGUGGCUACAGCACAGGCUCCAGGACGCAUCAGUUCUUUGACCUGGCUCUCAGCACACACCUUGAUUGUUCUCAGUGCUGAUGAAAAGCUCAGCGAGUGGCAAGUGAGGCAUCAGAAGGGCUCCCACUCCAGAAAUUUCAGCCUUCAUCUGAAUCGAGUUUUGCUGGAGGACUUUGGGUUCCUGUCAGGGUUGGGCCUGGCCCCCAGUGGUGACUCCCUCAUAUUUAUCAAUGGGGAUUUGAAAUUAAUGAACAUGAAACCAGGGGAUGAUCCUUCUGUUAUCUGGGAUUCUGAAACAAACCAAUUUAUGAUGCUGUCCACGUACAAGGACCUUGAUGUGAUUAUCCUGCAGCCAACAAAUCGUGGAUUUCUUUAUGUCUUAAAACACAAUGAAUCAGGAGAGCUUGAGCAUGAAUAUUUUGAACUGGACUUAGAGAAUUCUAAUCAGACCCAUGUAUCCAUAACUCAGGGAAAAGCAGAGUCUGAGUCAACCUUUUUGUGUGCCAGUGCUGAUGGGAUGCUGUGGAAACUAGGCAGACACACCCGCAAAGGUGAAUGGGCCACAGGUAACAUCUGGCAGAAGGACGUGAGCACACAUAACACCCAAAGUUCAGAGACCGGGAGUGUGCAGUCAGACACUGACUUUGACAUGUUCUCCUGGAGGGCCAUCCAACUAAAGACACGGCAGCGUCAUAAGAUUCACUCAGGCUCUGUCACUGCCUUACAUGUACUUCCUGAAUGGCUGGUGACAGCUUCAAAGGACAGAGAUGUAAAGCUGUGGGAAAGAUCCAGUAUGCAGCUGCUGGGCUUGUUUCGAUGUGAAGGGGCAGUGAACUGCAUUGAUCCUUAUGUGGACCCUGACUCAGGUCUGAAGCUUGUGGUGGGAGAUGCUCAGGGCAAUGUAUACUUUCUCUCCUGGGAAUGAAGAUACAUUUCUCAGAAACAACCACCUGUGCCAGAGUUG